UCAGAAUCAACGGCAAUGGUAUGCACUCUGUUCACUAAAGGUCAAUGCCAGAGAGCAAGUUUUUGCCCAUACAGACACCUCAGAGCAGACCGGACAAUUGUGUGUAAACAUUGGCUCAGAGGACUAUGCAAGAAAGGAGAUCAGUGUGAAUUUCUCCAUGAAUUUGAUAUGGCUAAGAUGCCAGAGUGUUAUUUCUAUGCCAGAUUCAGUGCUUGUCACAACAAAGAAUGCCCUUUCUUACACAUUGACCCUGAAACAAAGAUCAAAGAUUGUCCUUGGUAUGAUCGUGGUUUCUGCCGUCACGGACCGACUUGCCGACACCGUCAUGUUCGACGUGUGCUCUGCAUGAACUACACAGCAGGCUUCUGUCCCGACGGCCCCGAAUGCAAAUUCGUCCAUCCGAGAUUUGAAUUACCUCCACUUCCAGAUGAUAUCAAGGGUGACAAGAGAAAGAUGCCUCUAGUCUGCCAUUUCUGUGGAGAAGUGGGACAUAAAGCUGCUCAAUGUCCGAAAAUUCCAUCAGAAUCUAAGGACAUUUACCGCACGCCCGCCGAUGCCUCUACUCAUGCAAAUAAUGCUUCCCAAGCCCAGAGAGAUCGAACGAAUUUGAGACCUUUAGAUGAAGUCACCUGUUAUAGAUGUGGACUGCGCGGCCACUAUGCAAAUCGGUGUAACAAAGGACAUCUGGCUUUCUUGAGUAACCAGCCAACAGAAGAAAGAAGUUAACGAAAAUUACAUUCAUUUCCAACACUGUCUCUGUCCAUUCAAUAAAUACAAUUUUGAAAUCUCUCUCUAAAAAAAA